CGGGUUGUUAGAGAUCAUUGGACUAAUCUUCCAGCAUCUUCUUUCGCUCGUCAUGAGUGCGUGGACAGCCUCUCAAGAUCUGCUGGGCGCUACGGGCCUUGGACGUUGGAAGGUUGAAGGCCUCAAAACGUGGCAGACAACGAAGUGGUUGCGGCUGGUGCUGGCUCGUCAUGCCGGUCUAUCAGCCUCCUACGUCUCUGCGGCAGUGGGUGCUGCGCUCGUCGUCGGCGACCUGCAGGACUGGUGGCCCAGAAGGCUCAGUUCCACAUCAAGCAGCUCCCCAAGCAGUUGGCCUUGCCCCAACUCCAGUGAUGCCUUCGCGGUGGUGCAGACCUUGCUCCGCGACGACCGCUGGGCAAGAGGAACUAUGCUGGAAGGUGAAGAAGUUCAAGCAGCGGAAGUGGAGGUGCAGGAAGAAGAGGCCUCGAACUUUGGGCUCGGUGGCUUUCAGUUCCAAGACUUCAAGGUGCUCCAUGGUCAACGACUCAAAGCACAUGGCUGCUGCCACCUGAAGUACUACGGCUUCGAGGUCUGCGUGGCCGUGCUGUAUCUUCCUGAAGAUGCUCCAGCACCACGAUCAGGUGCGGAGAUCAUGGACAGUUCGUUGCCGAAGAUUCUGGAGCUGCGCUACUGUCGGAGCUUUCCUGGGGAGCACUUCCGCUGGGUGACCCGCUGGGCGAUGUCUCGCAAUGGGCAUCCCACCGAGACCGACACGGCGGAGGCCUUCAACGCGCUCUACCGGGACGUCACCCACGGGGAUUGCUACACACUGGGAUACCACCCUGCCCAAGGUGAGUGCGGUCGCGUCUCGCUGCAGCUGAACGGCACCGAGCUGGGCGCCGUGGAGGGGCGGAGCUUCUCGGAGGCAAUCUUUUCCGUCUGGUUUGGGCCAAAGCCCUUUCUAGAAGACCUCAAGCAGGAGCUCUUGCGGCCAUUCACACCAAGCAUCGAGUGAGUCAGAGAUGUCAAAAAGACCUGAAAAGGCAGCCACUUCGCUUUGAAAGUGGCGCCAAGUGGACAGUAAGGGGUUUGCUGUGCGGAUGCUGCUGAUCUGUGAAUGCUGGAACAUGGAAUAGAAAGCCACACCAAUCGUUGAAGCACAGCAGAUCCAACUAGCAAAUCCGAUGCUUGCUCAGUUGCCAGUGACAUCAUCG